AUGCCUCCGGACGCUCGUGCACGAGGACAACCCGGCCGUGGCCAACGUGUGCUUCUCGCCCAACGGCCGAAGACGUACCAGGGCCACCGGAACGAAAAGUUUGCCGUCGGCGGCUGCUUCGCCACGCUCGAGGGCGAGCCGUUCAUCGCCUCGGCCAGCGAGGACGGGACCAUCGUGCUGUGGGACGUCAAGAGCAAGGAGGUGCUCCAACGCAUCGACGGCCACGAGGGGGUCUGCUUCUGGGUCGACAUUCACGGCGAGACCAUGGCGAGCGCGGGCGAGGACAACACGGUGAGGGUAUACCGUCACGCCUCGAGCGCCGCGGCCAAGCCGACGGCGGAGACGGCGACGACCCAGGCUGGCGAGAGGGCGCCGUCGAGCGUUUUGCCCGUGCGGCAGCAGCAGGAGACUGUCGCCUGA